AUGUAUACGAAGGCAGUUCCAGCAAAGAACCCUCUUAAAAGCGUACUCGUAGACGAGCAUGGAAUCGAGAUGCACAGACAGUCUCGUUUUUUGACAAAUGUAAGGGCUGGUGAUGGUACUGGAGGUUCCGCCUCAAUAGAAUUCAAAGAGCUCAUCUCUAAGGAUCAGAAAAUUCAAGUGCAUUACUUCGGAGAUACUAAGGUGACGAUUGGUGAAGAUGACGAAAAGCGAUACAAAGGUCAUAAUUUCAACGAAGGAGAGCAGCGCGGUUGCAUGAAACUAAUUCAGUUCACCAAGAAAGAAAAUAUCAGAGAAUGCUACUACAUCGGUCGCAAUUCGUUUGUUGUCGUCCCUGGAUGGGAGAAAAAGACUUCCGAUCGAGACUCGGAAGCAAUGUUGACGACCUUAUCUCUAAUUUCUGCAAUGUUGGAAAACGACGUUGUUGCCAUAUGCCGCUAUGCACCUGAUGCCGCCAAGCAUCUACAGCUAAUGGCUUUAAUACCCCAUAGAGAUGAAGAAUUGGAUCUUCCCUACCUGCAAGCUCUUCGCCUUCCAUUUGCGGAGGAUAUGCGUCCCUUCAAUUUUGUUAAUCUCAAUGUUACGUGCCCGAAGCCCAGCCAUAAACAGUUGAAUUUUAUCGACGAACUCAUCGACGUCAUGCAGUUCAACACCGAAAAUGGAUCGCUCGAGCCUACAUGUGUUCUGAAUCCGUUUUUCCAACGACAAUGUACUGCCAUGAAGUUGAAGGCUUUAAACACUAUCGAUGGAGAUGACAAAAAGAUAUGCGAUCUCAUUGCUCCUUCAUCAUUCCUGAAGAGAGGCUUAGAACCGGAUUCAAAGAUGCUGAAAACAGCAAAACACGUAUUAGAUGCUAUACAGUCUGAAGAGAGUGGAUUCUGUCUGCAAGAAGUUGUAAAACCUAAACGUGUUAAACAAGAGAUCCGACAGGAAGACAUCUCAGAGUGGUUAGCUGAGCUAGAAGCAGCUCCAAAAGAGGAAAUAUCAGCGAAAACAAAGGAUACAAAGCAUAAGUCAGUUUGCCAGAAACCUACUCAAGUUCGAUUCAUCGAUCGCGCUCGAGCUCGCCUCACUGACAAUUUCGAGUUCCAUAUGGCAUCCCUGCUUGAUGAAGUGUCAGUGAUGACUGCAGCGGAAGAUGAGGAGGCUGAACAGUUGUACGGGAUCGCCCAUGCACGUCUCCUCUCCCUCAGAGAAUUAGCGAUAGAAUUUGGUCGUCCGACCGAAUUUAACGAAUGGCUAUUGUGUUCGAAGAGUCAGUGGCCGGAGUGGGCACAAUUCUGCAUGUCAAGAUCUUCUCUUUUGCUGAUCUCAUGCAAAGAGUGUUCAUCAUCCGAAUACACAGAAAGUGAAGCAGUAUCUAUAGAACUUCGUGAGGAUUGGUGCAGUUUUGUUUUGCUGCUUACAUCAAGCGAUUUUCGAGCAUUGGGGAAGCUCAUUGCUGGCAGCCGAAAUGAAUGGAUAGUUAUGGAGCAAAGCCUGCACUUCUAUGUGAUGAUUAAAUUCUGUUCAGUUUGUACGUAUUUGCAAAAAUUUAUGGAGAUAGAAGCGCUGCCUUCUACUAUGAAUACUUCACAGUUGCCUGAUAUAAACUCACUCGCAAACGAGAUAGAGCAGCUUUCAACAACACUAGCACCAGAAGCGGACGCCACCUUGGUGAAAGAUGUGCUCUAUAAGGAAGUCAAAGAUACAUCGCAUGGCGUGUUUCCCUGUUCUGUGUCCAAUUCUAUGGGAAUCUGUGAUCUGGUGCUUGAGUCAAGCAAACAACGUGUCAUAAUAAAGGAAUCUCAACAUUCGAUCACAGCUCAGCAAAUUGUGGCACUGACAAAUGAACUUCUUCGUGCUGGAAAGAAUGUCGAAUCUGUCGGCGACGUCAUACCUGUGUCAACGUUUUGGUCGAUCCUGUCACGAUCCCCAAAAGCAAUACGUGAUUGUUUCUGUGCAGCUGUAGUAGAAGACUUGGUCUUCUCUACGAGAGCUUUAGAUGGCUGCAUUUCAUGCCAGUUAGUAGUCGAUUUCCUUCGCACGUGUUCUCGAAGAUCGCAGCAAGGCCUGUUGGUGCAAAGUUACGCCAAAGGCGUUGGCUUUAUAACUUCCAACGAAUUUGUAGACCUUGUCACGUACGAAAUUUCCAAUAAGCUUACUUGGACAGAAGGCAUGAAGAAUAGCCCUUAUUACUAUGCUGUUUUCAUUGAGCGCUCCGUCUUCCUACAUCUUGAUCCUCAAAGGACCGGAAAAGUGCUAAUAGAAGAUUUAACAUCUACUAGACUACUCGAUGAUCUUUUUGACGUAAUUCUUGAGCAUAAGCGAGAGAAUAAGGAACAGUUGUGGGAUGUGUCACAACUAUCUUGGUGCUCCGUCAAUAAUUUCUGGCGAGUCUUAGAGCAGUUUCGCCGUUGCGAUCGAGACUGGUCCGGAAUGGUCUCUCUCAAAGAGUGCGAACACCUAAAAGAUGGAGUCUACACUCCAUUGUUUCUGAAGCGAGUUUACGCUACGCAGAUGUUGUACGGUGACAAUCCUAAAGAACAGGAAAUGGAUUUCCGUGGUUUCGUGGAAUUGGAUGUCGCUAUUCACACUAGAAAAGCACCUGCAUCAAUAAAGUGGCUAUUUCGCGUGUUGGACCUCAGAGACGACGGUAUUUUGGAUCGCGAUGAGAUUAAGCUUAUGACGCAAAAUAUGAUAACGAAUCUUUCCACAUUGGAAGGAUGGUCAAAUUUCAAUGCUGAUGACAUUACUGAUGAAGUUAUCGAUAUGAUUAAUCCUAAGGAUCCGUCCAGAAUCACAGUUGAUGAUGUCAUCGCUAGUCGCAUGGCAGAUACUGCCUUUGGAAUUCUUAUUGAUUACUCUGCUUUUCUGAAGUAUGAAACUCGUGAGGAAGAGGCUGCUACGUAG